AUGUAUCUCUCAACAUUGCUCACCGCUACACUUCUCCCACUCUUCACUUCCAAGACCACCGCAUCCCCUCUGCUCGAGAAGCGACAGACAAUAGACCCGCCUGCGAGGUACUACUUACGUACGCAAACGGUCAAUGGCCCACACGAGGACACCGGCACCAACAAGACCGACUUGUGGCUGUACUCCCAUCACACCGGGGCAGGUCUUGGAGAUGCCGGCCUUUCAUCGAACCAGUCCUGGGCUUGGGAGGGCUAUCUGAACGGGUCCCAGCAACUCUUCACCUACGAAGACAACGAGGUCGGUCCAUGGCCGCUGGCUGUCGGCUACGGGCCGUACCAACAAUGGAAUCCUGUCACAAUCAGCAUUGCCGCCGAAUCCUCGACAGGCCAGGGAUUCUUUUUCAACUCGUCUGGACUGCAAUUCAACCAGAGCAUCGGCGGUUGGCUAGCUUGUGAUUGGUGGCACGGCGUACCGCAGCUGUUCCAGUUGAAUGGCUAUUCGUAUGGGCCUCUGCCGAGCUCGUGCUCAAAAGUCCAGCUGUUGCCUGUGGCUAUUUGA